AUGGGUAUCCUAGACGACUCUGACAGUGAUGACGACACCUCCAGUGACGAGGAGGAGGUAAAAGCCGGAGCAACAGGCAAACCGAAGGCUGAUGUGACUAAGUACAUGAACGCCAAGCGGGCGUCCCUUGGUGAUUUCGACGCGUUCAAGGGCACCAGUGAUGAAGACAACGAGACAGCCGCGAAGAUGAGGGAGAUUCUGAAGCUACGAGAAGCCUUGGGAAUGGACAAGGAUGUGGCGUUCAUGGCUGAGCAAGAAGCGAAAUUACAGGAGAAGAAGCGGCUGGAAAAUAUGACCCCUGAAGAGAGAAUGAAAGAACAGGCGGCUAAUUCCGGUGACAUGAUGGCCAGGAUUCGCGCCAAGCAGGAAGAACUGGCAAAGAAAAAGGCCGAAGAUGCCACUGCAGAAGUAGGAGAAGAAGAGGAGGCAGAAGUCAAACCAAAGAAAGAGAAGAAAAAGAAGAAGAAAAAGGAUAAAAAGAAAGAAGAAGAAUGA